UAGCGCAUUGAGCGCAAGUCAACGAGCUAGCCAUACCUGCCUGUGGAACUAAAGGACCUCGCAGGAGGAAAGUUUAGCAUAUUUUCCCUCAACAUACAGGGGAGAACUAGACAGUGCGUCGGUGGGUUUGGUAGUUUUGAAUGGGUCAACGGCGCUGUGAUCUGAAUCUGUCUGGAUGGGAUGUACAGUGAGUUUCAUUUGUUGUGAAGACGAUCUGCUGCAGAUGCCUUUCGAUCGACAUGAGGAGAAAAAAAAGGAAGAAACGAGACUCAUAUCAAAGCCAGAGGAGUUUGAGGCGGUCCAUUCCCACACGUUCCGGGUGAAGACGCUGAAGAAGAGCAAGCUGUGUGGCGUCUGCAAGCAGGCCGUCAGCAAGGACGCGCUGGUGUGCCGAGUCUGCCGCCUGACCUGCCACAGGAAGUGUGAGGCCAAGGUUUCUGCUUCCUGUGUUCCCAGUGCUAAUUAUGAGCUGCCUCCCAGCAGUGAUGUCCCACUGAAGCAUGUAGAGACCAUGGGUUCGACAAAGUCCUCCAAGAGCGUGGAGUCACGGCGCAGGCCCUCUCGGAGCCUGAGCCUGAUUCAGGCCAUGGAGGAGAACUAUGACGUGGACCUGGUCUACAUCACAGAGAGGAUCAUCUCCGUGUCCUUCCCCAGCAGCGUGGAGGAGGAGAGCUACAGCCCCAACCUCAAGGAGGUGGCCAGCAUGCUGAGGUCCAAACAUGGAGACCACUACCUGCUUUUCAACCUGAGUGAGAAGAGAUACGACAUAACCAAGCUCAACCCCAGGGUGCUGGACUUUGGCUGGCCGGACCACCACGCCCCGGCACUGGAUAAGAUCUGCAGCAUCUGCAAGGCCAUGGACACCUGGCUGAGCACGGACUCACGCAACGUGGUGGUGCUGCACAACAAGGGGAACCGUGGGCGAACCGGGGUGGUUGUUGCGGCAUACAUGCAUUACAGCAACAUAUCGGCCAGUGCUGACCAGGCCUUGGACAGAUUUGCCAUGAAGAGGUUUUAUGAAGACAAAGUACUUCCUGUGGGACAGCCGUCCCAGCGAAGAUAUGUGCAGUACUUCAGUGGGCUGCUGUCAGGACACAUCAAGAUUAACAACAAACCCCUGUUUCUGCACCACGUCAUCAUGCAUGGGAUCCCCAACUUUGAGUCCAAAGGAGGGUGCCGCCCCUUCCUCAAGAUCUACCAGGCCAUGCAGCCCGUCUACACAUCUGGGAUCUACAACGUCCAGGGAGACAGCCAAACCAGCAUCUGCAUCACCAUCGAGCCUGGCCUGCUCCUGAAGGGAGACAUUCUGCUGAAGUGUUACCACAAGCGUUUCCGCAGUCCCACCCGCGAUGUGAUAUUCCGGGUGCAGUUCCACACCUGCGCUGUGCACGACCUGGGCAUCGUCUUCGGCAAGAGCGAGCUCGACGAGACCUUCAAAGAUGAAAGAUUCCCAGAGUACGGGAAGGUGGAGUUUGUCUUCUCGUUUGGACCAGAGAAAAUCCAAGGAAUGGACCACCUGGAAAAUGGCCCCAGCGUCUCCGUUGACUACAACACCCAGGACCCCCUCAUUCGCUGGGAAUCCUAUGAGAACUGCAACCAGCGCUGUGAGGACACUGCAGAGGACGUUGUUCACACGCAGGGUCCUCUCGACGGAAGCCUUUACGCCAAAGUACGCAAGAAGGAGUCCAUCGAGGGAGUGGUCACAGCCAACGGCCUCCCCGCCGCUGACCACGCCAUCCCUGCGGCGGAACGCACCCUCCCCGCCGUCGACCACGCCCUGUCGGUGAGCAGCGACUCGGGGAACUCCACCGCCUCCAUAAAGACCGACCGCACCGAUGAGCCGGGGCAGCAGCCGGCCCCCGUGCCCCAGCCCACCCCCCAGCCCCUGAGCCCCGAGGAGAAGAAAGAGCUGGACCAGCUCCUGAGUGGUCUGGAGCCUGCGGCCAGCCAGCAGGCCUACCUGGCCCCCAGCUCCAGUCCAGGGGGAGGGAAGCUCCACCUGGUGCCCGCCCAGGUGCACGUCAACGGGCAGAACAGCGUCGAGCGGGAGACGGACAUCCUCGACGACGAGCUGCCCGCCAGCCAGGAGGCCAACAGCGUGGACAGCCUGGGCACGCUCUCGUCCUUCGAAGGCCGAGCCACGCCCACUGACCUGUACGAGCAGCCCGAGACCGUCAUCAACGGGCAGGACCUCCCGUACCUGGAGAAGGGCGAGCAGCAGCAGGAGCAGGAGCAGGAGCGGGAGAAGGAGCAGGAGAAGGCUCCGGAGAUGCCCGUGCACCGUAUACACGGCUCGACUUCGGCUCAGGAGCGCGUCAUGGACACGGGCUUGCCCCAGGGCGGGUACGCCCCGCAGCAGAACGGCGCCAUGUUCCGCUCUCAGUCCUACGCGGAACCGGGCCCCAAGGCCAUGCCCCGGGCCCCAGCCAGGAGCACCAGCAGCAGGGAGGCGGUGCAGAGGGGCCUGAACGUCUGGCAGCAGUACGGCGUCCCAGAGGAACCCCUGGCGGACGGAGUCCUCUACAGCCCGGCCUCACACGGCCUGCCCGAGUUCCCCCACAUGGCCUCUCAGAAUGAGAUCCAGCAGUCCAUCGAAACCCUCAACAUGCUAAUGCUGGAUCUGGACCCGGCUCGAACGCAGGUGCCCAAGUCCUACAGCGCCCCUGGGGAACCCAGCGUGGUCACCAUGCAGCCCUCACUGGUGCAGGCCCACGCCCGCCCCUCCUACCAGGCCGACAGCGCCAUACACGGGUACUACGGGGAUCCCGCGGCCCACCAGUACCAGCCGGGCCUCGUCGCGAGCUACUCCACCGAGUCCUACGACCCUGUGAGCUACCAGCAGUCUGCAGCCAGCCCUCAGUACCAGCCAGGCUCCAUCGCUGGUUACCCUGUCGAAUCCUAUGACCCUGUUGGGAAUCAGCAACCUACGACCAGUCCCCAGUACCAGCUAGGCCCUGUCGCUGGCUACCCCUCCGAGUCCUAUGACCCUGCCGGGUACCAGCAGUCUGUGACCAGCCCACCCUACCAGCAGGGCCCUGGGUCCCUGGCCUACCCUGCCGACCCCUCCCCCACCUUCAGCCAGCUGCAGCUGAAGCCCCUGAACACGUACCCCUCCAGCGGGGCGACCGGGUCCCCCGAACCCCCAGAGCAGCACCAACCCGCCGCCCCGCUCAGCUACAGCGCCUCCUCCUCCCCCCUCCCCGCCAAGGAGUCGGACCCUGAUGAGGACAACAUGGGAGUGCAGGGCCUGGUGGCGCAUCGCGUGGCAGAGUACAACGCUCGCAUCCGGGGGAUGAAACAAAACUUUCUGCUGCCCCAGGCAACCCGUCACCGCUCCUUUUCCUUCUCUGGAGUGCGGUCCCAGGGGAUGACGUCGGACAGUGGCUCCGCCCCCGUGAGGCGACGCACCACCAGCGAGGGGCAGUACCAGAACGGCCACGAUGGGACAGGCCCCGCCCCCCCCGGCUCCGUCCGCUCCCCGAUUCGCUGCGUCUCCCCCGAGUUCGUCAACGCCAUCGCCCUCAACCCUGGGGGGAGACCCAAGGAGGGCCCUAUGCACAGCUACAGGGAGGCAUUUGAGGACAUGGAUGCCCCUUCCAGCCCCUCACCCAGUGGUGGUGAGAUCCAUCCCCCCACCCCUGCCUUCCCCGUCUCGCCACAAACCCCUUACUUCAACAUGUGUCGGUCCCCCCCAGGCCUGGCCAAGACCCCCCUCUCAGCCCUGGGCCUGAAGCCCCACAGCCCGGCCAACAUCCUGCUGCACCAGGGAGGCCCAGAGCCGCGCAGCUACGUGGAGUCAGUGGCCAGGACAGCAGUGGCGGGAGGAGGAGGGGUGGGCCCAAUGAUGCCGCCCGCCCACCAGGGUUACCCUGACGACAGCUUUGUGAGACAGGCCGCGCCCCACCACGCCUUCAACCCCCCCCUGUCCUCCAGCAGCCCCAUCUACAGCCCCGACGGGUACCCGCCUGCCCACAUGGCCGCCCAUCCCGCCGGUGACCCCGCCUUCCGGCCCCACCCCCCCGACAGCCUGUAUCAGAGCCCCGCCCCUGCACACUACAGCCCCGCCCCCUCGUACGCCAGCCCUGCCCCCUCGUACACCAGCCCCGCCCCAUCAUACUCCAGCCCGGCAGGACUGGCGGGCAGCUUUGCGGGUCCAGAUUCCAGUCCGGGCCUGUUCCAGCCAGACGGCGGGCAGGUCAGCGUUUCAGGGGUUCACGCCGUGCCCGGGAGCCCCCACACGCUGCACCGCACGGUGGCGACCAACACGCCCCCCAGCCCGGCCCUCCAGCGCCGGGCACUGAACCAGGGCAGCCCUGCCCUGACCCGCCGCACCCCCCCGGGUAACGGGGCCGAUUUGGGGGUGGGGGGCAGCCCCGCCCUGACCCGUCGCACCCCACCGGGUAACGGGGCCGAUUUGGGGGUGGGGGGCAGCCCCCUGCUGACUCGCCGGCCAUCCGGGAGCCCCGGCUUGGAGCGCCACGCCGCGUACGGCGGCUUCUCCACUCCGGACGAGCGGCACGUCUCGCUCUCCCGCCAGAGCAGCGCCUCGGGGUACCCCGGCCCGGCCACUCCCUGCUUCCCCCCCGCCGCCGGCCCCUACGCGGAGGGCGGCCCCGCCCCUCUGCCCCAGCUCCCGGAGAAGAGGCGCAUGUCCAGCGGGGAGCGGCCGAACGGCGCCCACGCCUACAACACACUGAACGGGAAGACGGCCACGCCCGUGUCCAGUGGAGGGAGUACGCCCAGUGCUGCCUUCUCACACACGCUGCCCGACUUCUCCAAGCUCUCCGUGUGCGACGGAAGUCCGGAGACCAGGCUCAAUGUGAAGUUUGUGCAGGACACCUCCAGGUUCUGGUACAAGCCGGACAUUUCGCGGGAGCAAGCCAUCGCCCUGCUGAAGGACCGCGAGCCGGGAGCCUUCGUGAUCCGGGACAGCCACUCCUUCCGUGGGGCCUAUGGAUUGGCCAUGAAGGUGGCCUUCGCCCCGCCUACAGCGCAGCAGAAUAAGAAAGCCGGCGAUAGCACCAACGAGCUCGUGAGACACUUCCUGAUCGAGACCAGCCCCAAGGGCGUUAAGCUGAAGGGCUGCCCCAACGAGCCCUACUUCGGCUGUCUCUCUGCGCUGGUGUACCAGCACUCCAUCACCCCCCUGGCUUUACCCUGCAAACUGGUCAUCCCCACCAGAGAUCCUCACGAGGAGGCCCCAGAGAUAACCACGCCCACUAAUGCGGCUAUGGAGAUGCUCAAACAAGGAGCAGUGACUGUAGGGCAGAAGUCUCCCGGUGAAUCCCAUGCCUGUAACGUCCUCUACAUAAACUCCGUGGACAUGGAGUCCCUGACUGGGCCCCAGGCCGUUGCCAAGGCGAUAUCGGAGACGCUGCAGGCUAGCCCCGCCCCCACGGCCACUGUGGUACACUUCAAGGUGUCGACGCAAGGCAUCACCCUCACGGACAACCAGAGGAAGCUCUUCUUCCGACGUCACUACCCCAUCAACACCGUCACGUUCUGUGACCUCGACCCACAGGACAGGAAGUGGCGCAAACCCGAGGGUGGCACAGCAAAGUUUUUUGGCUUUGUUGCCCGGAAACAAGGAAGCACAACAGAUAACGUCAGCCACCUUUUCGCCGAGAUGGACCCCGACCAGCCAGCUUCAGCUAUCGUCAACUUCGUCUCCAAGGUGAUGAUGGGCUCGCAGAAGCGAUAGGCCCCACCCCACCCCCCCGCUGCCACUCUGCUCUCCAGAGGCUGUUUCUGUUCCGUUCACGUUCGUCCAUUUUGAUUUUAGAUGGUUUUUUUUGUAGCUUUCUUUCUUUUUCUGGUGGUUUUUGCGAAAGGACUUGGAGCUGACCCGAGAUGGUGAUAGAGGAAGUGCCGGGGG